UAAUCUGGGUCCGAUUGAAAAAAGAGAGUGAAAUUAAUUUUCAGUACUACAAACGACGCUUACUACGACAUAUUAAUUCAGUUUUAUUUAAGAAGAAAAGAAGUAUAAAGAUGCAACAAGAAGAAGACAAUCGUAAAUCUGAAUCCGAAGCUUUCAACUUGACUCCGGAAAAAUUACAAAGAACAUCACAAGAUGGUGGAUCCGGAAGGAGGAACCUAAUGUCCCAUCAUUCGCUGGAGUUUAAAAGCAGAACUCAUCUUACUCCACAUAAUAGUCCGGAUAAAUAUUCUAAAACUCCUCAGAGUGGAGGGUCCUUUAGAAAAGAAGUGAUGAAAUCGAAAUUGGAUAGUACCAAGCGUAAAAUUCAAUCUUGCCACAACGAAAAUCUUGAAAAAAUUCAGAAAACCGGGCAAAGCGGUAAAUUUGUUAACGCUUUAAUAGGACAAUGGUCGAAACAUAUGGGGAUGCAAACUCCUUUAUCUCAAUCAAUAAAGGCGCAGGAGAGUCCGAUGACGGAAGAAAUUAAAAGAAAAUACGCCAUAGAGGAACAAAAGAUUCAGAAAUUGCAGAAGAAACUUCAAGCUGCUGAAGAAACUAUAUCUUCAUUAUCCGCUUCUCAUGAUGCUGAAUUAAGAGCUAAAGAAGAGAUACUUCAACAAUUGAACAGUGAUUGGGAAUCAAUUACCAAAUAUUACUAUGAAAUAUCAGAAAGUUUAAAAGAAUUUCAACAACAUAAAGAUAAUUUGUCAAAGUUGUACGAUAAUGUUAUAGUCGUGCAACAAUCAACUGUAAAAAAGCUACAACAAGAAUUAAGUACUAUGAGAUUAAAAGAUGAAGAACACAAGAAUGUUGUUAGUGCAGUUGAAAAUAAAGCAGCACAACACGAAAAACGAAUACAGGAAAUGGUUAUUGCGGAGACGGAAUUGAGAAAACAACUGGAUGAAGUAAAGAAGAAAUCAAUUUUAGAGAAAGAUCAAUUGCAUAAUAUUCAUGCAGAAGAAAAAUUAGAACUAAUGAAGAAACAAGACAAACUCACGUCGAUAAAUAAGGACCUCCAGGUAAAAUUAGAAACAGUCGCGGAGGAGAAACAAAAUUUGACUAAUCUGUUCGUAGAAAAAGACGAGAAAAUCUCUAAACUACAAGAGGAGAUCGUUGCGUGCAAAAAUAAAGUGCAGGACUUAUUGCAUCAGAAUACAGAAUUAAGUUUGAAAUAUGAAGAAUCAGUUCAUAAGGAAGAAGAAUUGAAAAUGCAGAUGGAGUCAAAAGUGCAAGAAUUUGACAAAUUACGAGAAAAUUUAGAGGCAAGACAGAAUAUAGAAACAAGUUUAGCUCAAGAUCUUGAUAUAAUUGAUAAUAAAUACAGGAACGUGAUAGAUGAUUUAUCAAAUAUAAAACAUCAAUUAAACGAAACCCAGAUUCGUAAUUCAAAUCUUGAAAGAUCCUUGGAAGAUAUGAAACAUAAUAAUCAGCAGAAGAUAAUGAAACUGAAUAAAACGAUUAAGGAUUUAGAGGAAGAAAAAGAAAAAAUAUUGUUAGAAAAACAUUCAAAAGUUCAGGAAUUAGAAAACGUUUGUGAAUUAUUAAAACAAAAGCAUGAAAAAGAGAUAAUAUCUUUAAAAAAUGAGUUUAAUAUCAAACUUGCAGAAAUGAAGAAAUCCAUAGACACACAAAAUACUGCUUUCAUAAAAUUAAACGAAACGUUGAAUAAAAUGAACGAAGCGAGUCAGAUUAUAGAAAAAUAUAAUGCAAAAGAGAAUUCUGAUAAAUUGCAAAAGAAAUCAAAAUGGAAGCCACAACCAAUUGUAGAAGUAAGUCAAAUGAAAUUGACUCAGAACAGCGAAAUGAAAGAGCAAGAAUUUCAAGAAAAUAUUCUUACACAAAAAUUAUCUAAAAAUAAAAAUGAAAUAUCCACUCAGAAAGAACAAGAUAUAUAUGAUUUUAAUACUACAAACGUCAAUGAUAAAUUGCAAAAUGUUUUCAACUCUACUGAAAAUUACUCUUACCUUUCUCAAAGUAAGAAUGCAACACAAUUAUAUGUAAAAUCACAGGAAAAUAAUGACAAAACAAAGAAGGAUCAAAUUAAUUCUCCACAAAAGAAAAAAAUAUUUAAAACGCGCAGUGCAGGAUUAAAACAAUAUGGAACUCCACGAAGACUAUUUAAAAAAUAAAAUCUCUUGUAUAGUGCUCAAGUUAAUUUAAAUUCUUGAACGACAAAUAUCGUUAUCGUUUCAAUUUCAAAAGACCUUUUCUUCAUAGCAGUUUAUCAUGUAAUUCUUUAAUCUAUUUAUAUUACUUAAUAUUUAUGAGUACAUAAUAAUAAGGGGUUACAAACAAGCGUUUUAAUUUCAAGAUCUUGGUGUUUGGUUAAAAAUACAUGUAC